AUGAUUGGUGCAGACACUUUCCAAAGAAGUCUCUCCCUCUCCACCCAGUCCACUUCCAAACAACACUCGAUCGCCAACAUGCUUGCGCAUCUUGACAACAACAAACUGAACAAGGUCUCCUUUGUCGACCGACUUGCUUGCCGCGCACCACACUAUCGCGCCUCAACCUCCUCUCUCAUUCUCCAGCAAAACAUCUCCCCUUGCCUCCGUCGCCGUGCGGAAAACAUCAAGCUGGCCAGCAAGCGUCCAGUUGUUGUCAAGGUCGAGGAACCCACCCCUGCGCCGAUGGCACAGAGCAGGGGCAUUACGCUCCCAACCUCCCUUUCAAGACCCGCACUCCAAGAGGUUAAUCCUGAGGCUAUCUACACCUGCGAUGCCCGCCUACAAGGCGCACAACCCAACUUCAUCAGGGAGAAACUCGCACAACUUGGUCCAUCAAUGAUUAAUGGCAUACGAAGCACCAGAAUCAUGGACCACCCCAGAACGCAACUUCCCAAGGAGCUGGAGGUUGUUUUCAUUGAUACUGUCUCCCUCCCGGUCAUCUCGCCAACGCACAUCCUCGCUGUGAGGCCGACAACCCCUUCAAAGGGCCCAACACCAGUCAAGCUCUUCCUCAUCCACGAACUCAUCUUCGCUGCCAACUGCUCCGCUUUCCCGAAGCUCCCCAAGUCUCAUACUGCAACCGCCGAGGGCAACACAUCACAGACUGCCUGCCUCCCCGUCAUCUCCAUCGCCAUCCCCUCGAUAUCCACUUUCGAGAUCUUCCAAGCACAUCUCUACCUCAAGGACACCGAAGCACUACGAGCGGCCCUCCUACCAUCCGGAUGGUCGAGCGAUGUCGUCUCCAUGUUGCGGACAUUCGAAAUCAUCCACGGUCUGUGGUUGAACGCUCGCGCAUUCCAAGUCUGCGACGAGCCGCUUUUCGAGACCCUGAAUGCCUGUUGGAGCGAAGCACUACGUGCUCUCACACUCGUCUCGUCGUCAUGA